AUGCUGAGUGCUGCUGCCAUGUCGUCGAUGAUCCCACGCGCUGUGCGCUUCACUCCCAUGCUUGCCCGCACUGCUGUGCCCACAGCUGCGCGUGUGUCGUUUGCCCGAGUGCCAGUAGCCAUGCCGGCUAUGCUGGCCCGUGGCUAUGCGAGUGGCGGUGGUCUCUCGCUUGAGGACAUCAAGACACGCAUCACUGAUGUGAUCAAGUCGUUCGAAAAGGUCGACCCUAACAUGGUGAAGCCGGAGGCCAAGUUCACAGAUGAUCUCGGCCUCGACAGUUUGGAUGCCGUGGAAGUGGUCAUGGCCAUUGAGGAAGAGUUCAACAUUGAGAUUCCCGAUGCUGAUGCGGACGCCAUCACGUCGGUCCAGGAGGCCAUCAACUACAUUUCUAACACGCCAGAUGCUAUCUAA